AUGACGACUUAUCAUAGGCUCGUGAAGGGGGCGACCAAGAUCAAGAUGGCUCCUCCGAAAACGAAGUAUACGGAUCCUAUAUUGUUAGGAACUACAAACGAACGUGAUUUUGGAGAGAUUGUGAAUGCCUUAGAGGAACGUAUUAAUGAUUCUGCGUGGACCGUGGUUUUCAAGUCACUAGCUGUAGCACAUCUAAUGAUUCGUGAUGGUGAUAAGGACAUAGCGUUGAAGUAUUUUUCAAGAAAUUUGGAUUUUUUCGAGCUACGUGGCCUGGCGCGUUCGUACCCUGCAAGAUCUGGUGAUGUACAAGCGUUAGAUAGAUACAGGCUGUAUUUGAAAGUGAGAAGCGAGGAAUACGGGAAAGUUCGGAAGGAUUACGUGCGCAACAGUAAUACGAAUUUAAAGAAAUUCGACGAUAAUCGUUCGUCGGAAUGUUUGGAACAUGUGGAAUCCUUGGAGUUGCAGAUUGGUGCUUUGAUCAAGAAUAGGUACUCGCAAUGCGAUUUAAACAACGAUUUAAUUAUGUUCGCAUUCAAGAUGCUUGUACAGGACUUGUUAGCCUUGUACAAUGCGUUGAAUGAAGGUAUCAUCACUCUAUUGGAAUCUUUCUUCGAAUUAACUCGUUCCAAUGCUGAACGUACGCUUAAAUUAUACAAGAGGUUUGUUCAAUUGACCGAAAAUGUGGUACGUUAUCUAAAAUCAGCUAAGGCCGUUGGAUUGAAGAUUCCAGUCAUUAAACAUAUUACCACUAAAUUGAUCAAUUUGUUAGAAGAUCAUUUACGUGAAGAUACUGAAAAUAAAGGUAACACUUUCUCGAAGGAUGAUCAAACCCAGGUACAAAGUGAAUUGGAACGCAUUAGACAUCAAAGAAUUGCUUUGGAGAACCAAUUGAAGCACCAAUCGGUACAGCAAAUACAACAGACACAGACUGGUUACAAUCCAUUUGCCACUAGUCCAAUGUCUAUGGCAUCACCUCAAUUCGACACACGCCCAGCGCAAGUGGCUAAUACAAGCAAUCCGUUCCAGCAGUAUCAACAGGUACAGCCACAGAUGACACAACAGAUGCCUCAGCAGGUGCCUCAGCAAGUACAACCACAGAUGACACAACAGAUACCUCAGCAAGUGCCUCAACAGAUGCAACAGCAAAUGCCACAACAAGUUGCCCAACAAACUGGUUAUAAUCCGUUCCUGCAAGAUUUACAGAUGCAACAGCGGGCUCCUCAACAAACUGGCCAACAGCAGAUGCCCCAGCAAAUGCAACAACAAAUGCAACAACAAAUGCAACAACAAAUGCCCCAGCAAAUGGCACCUCCGUUACAAAAUACAGUCACUGGGAUUCAACCCUUACAAACCGGUAUGAUGCCAUUGAACAACGCAGCCACUGCACCAAUCAUUCCAUCCAAAACAGGUCCAAAUAAUCCGUUCUCCCUAGAAAACGUGAAUCGCCAACAACUCCAAAGACAACAAACAAACCCAUUCAGCGUGCAAAACUACUCUCAAGUUUCAAAUAACCCAUUUUCCACCGCCCCUGAAUCGUCCCCACUGAUAGUCCCUCCGAACAGAGCAACUACAGGUAAUAAUACAUUCGGAGGUUUAGAACUGUUGCCUACAGUGCCUGUAUUCCCACAAACUCAAAUUCAACAAGGCUUUCAAGCAGUAGCCAACCAAAGAUCACAAAAUGAACCCAAUUUGAUUGAUAUAUAG